UGUUCUUUCGAUAUCGAUAAAUUUGGACGUCGAUAUAUAUCGUGCAUCCCUAUUGUCAGUCAAAUAACCUGUCAUGUAAAAAAAAAUCUGAUUACAUAUUGGUAACAAAUUUAAUAGCUAAUUUUUGACUCGAAAUGCUUACCAAAUCGUUAGCCACUAGGGCUCUACUAUUGCGAAUUAUAAAAAAUAGCACGGAUAAUCUGAAACAAGCGAAAAGAAAUGCAGGCCAUGGAGUAUGGUCAUACAGGGUGCCUCCGCCCAUGCCUUCUAAAAAGGUCACCUAUAUAACUACUGGUCUUGGGGGUAUAGUCUGGUAUUGGAUACUAUAUCAUAUUGCUACAGAGCCGGAACAUAUAUAUGGAGAGUGGCCAUAUAUUGAUCCUAGUACAUGGACUGAUGAAGAAUUAGGAAUUCCUGAUGAUUCUGUUGGACCACUGAAAAAAUAAAGAGUUUAUGAAGAUACCUGAAUUAUUGAAAACCGUAUAUGGAUAGAGUAGAUUUUAAAGGGUAAUUUUGUGGUAAAUUAAUAAAAUACUUUAUUUACUAUUUAUUUUUUAUUUCACAGAUAAAUAAAAUUGUAAAUAAAAAGUAAGUUAAAAAAGCAAAACGUUUUUACAUUUAUGCCUCGCACGUCAAC